AUGCCCCCAUCAGGUGUUAGUGGUAUGAUGGAUGACGAGGCUCUUAUAGAGGCAGAGAUUCAACAGCAACUGCAGCAACUUGACAAUGAAGAUGAUAAUGAUCCUGGUCUGUGGGAUGAAGUUGCCGAUAACCCAGGACUGCAGGAUGACCGAGAGGCCAGUCCUCAUGAGGAAGUCAUUGGCAUUCCAGCAGAGAUGGAUGUUUACAUCAGACUUCUGAACAAUCAGACAAAAGCAUUUGAAGAAGAGUUGGAGGAGUGUGAUGACCUCAUCAACUAUAAACAUGGACAAAACUCCAAGUCCAUUAUGGCUGUAGAAGACUUUGAGUUGUUGAAGGAGGCUGCUUACGAACAAGGCCAAGACCCAGAGGAACUUCGGAGGAAGAUUCUGGAUGAGGUAUCGAGGGCAACAGAGAAUAUGACAGGUGCUGACCUGGAAACAGAACCAAUUGUGUUGGCUGGUGUUGGCGAUGGGCCAGGGGACCAAGGACCAGGCAUCGGUGAUGAAAAGGCAUUAGUGUUGGUUGAUGAAAGACAGCUAGCUUUUCAGAGAGAGAUGAAGGAACAGAUGGAUAAUGCAGAGAAACAGUACAGAAUUAGGGAAGAAAAGCUAAAGGCUGCUUUGGAGGAAGAGAGGAGGAAAUCUGAAAUAUUGAACCGAGAAACAGAGGAACAGCGACAACAAAAACGUCAACAGCUAGAGAGAGAGGUUACCACUUUAGCUAAGGAGAGAUUGGUGGAGCAGGAAAGACUGGAAGAGGAAGAACAGCAAACCUAUAAACAACAGGAGGCUGCACUUCAACAACAUGAGGUACAAGUAGUCAUCAGUUGUGUACGCAAAGAAAACAAAGCUUUUAAAGAAAUCCUUGAAGAAAAAGUGGAGAUUAGGAAAAAAAAGAUGGAGGAUGAAAAGAUAAAAGUGGCAGAGCAGGUGAUUCAACAGCGAAGAGAAAUAAUGGAACAAGAAGAAGAAACAAAGAGACUUGAAAUGGAAGCAAAAGAAAAGGAAAAAGAAGAAAAGAGGCGAAAGAAAGAAGAGGAAGAAAGACAGAAGGAGGAAAAAAAGCGCCAAAAAGAGGAAGAGAAAAGAAUAAAAGAGGAACAGAAAAGGUUAGAGAAAGAGAGAGAAUUGGAAGAGAAAAGAAGAAAAAAGGAAGAAGAGGAAAGAAAAAAGCAGGAAGAAAAACUAAGAAAGGAAGAAGAAAAGAAACGUCGUGAAGCUGAAGAAGUGAGAAAGAAGGAAGAAGAAAAGAAACGUCGUGAAGCUGAAGAAGAGAGAAAGAAGGAAGAAGCAAGAAAAUUGGAAGAACAGAAAAGACAUGAUGAAGAGAAAGAAAAAGAAAGAAAACGUCAAGAGGCAUUGCAAAUAGAGGAGGAAAGAAAAAAGGCAGAAGCAGAGAAGUUUGAGAUUGAGAGAAAACAGAAAGAAGAUGAAGAAAGAAAACUGCAAGAGGCAAGGGAACAAAAAGAGGAGGAAGAAAGAAGGCAGCAAAAAGGGGAGGAACAAAAAAUUAAAGAACAAACAUUUGGAAAGGAAAAAAGAGAAAUUGAUGAAAUUUUGAAGGAGAGUAUUGAGUUGACAACCCCAAGAAGUAGUAGGAGAGAUGGUAGGAUAAGCAGUAGAUCAAGUAAACAUGAUCAGCUGAGCCAGUCUACAGAUCAGGAGAAGGAAAGGAAGAGAGAUCAGAAAGCGAUGAUGCUGGGUCUACCAGACAGAGCUGAAGUACGGAGGCUUCAGUGGAUCAAAUCCUGUAUCCCAUGGAGUAAAGUGAGUAAUGAGCCAUGGAAACUGAAGACCAGUACCACAAAGAAGCCAUCUAGACGACCCUCUUCCGCGAAGAAGUUAGAGCCGAUCGAUAAAUAUAUCAUCACAUCAGCAGCUCAGGUUGACACACUCCGUCAGGUGACCACAGUCCAAUUACAGGACUUACCAGGCUGCGAUCUGUCAACCCUUGGUCAGUGCUGGGGCCUUAAGUACCUGUCAAUGACCAACUGUAACCUUGUGGCUGUGGAUGGUCUACACUCAUGUAAACAGCUUCAGCUUGUUCACUUCAAGCACAACUACAUAGAGUAUGUAGACCUAAAGGAUCUUGGAAAUCUUACUUAUGUGAAUAUAUCUCACAAUAAGUUAAGUGUUAUACAUGGACUGGAGGGAUGUGGAAAUCUACGAUGGUUAGAUUUGUCCUAUAACAGGCUUACAAGGAUUGGGGGUAUGUACUCACUGAGACGCUUACAUACUGUCAACUUGUCUCACAACCAGCUGAUUAGUACUGCAGGUUUGGGGGACACACCCACUAUCCAGAACCUAGACCUAUCCCACAACCAUCUUCAGGAUUGUCAGGACACCAGUAGGCUGUGUCUCCUCCAGGUCCUCAAACUCUCCUCCAACAAUCUUCUUCAGCUUCCUGAUCUAAAGAACCAGGUGCUACUACAGACUCUGUGUGUAGAGGAUAACAGUCUUGCCAAUAUAAAGGGACUUGGGUUAUGUUGGUUUCCUCUGCUACAGAAACUUGACCUUAGUCAAAACAGCAUUGAACAUCUAGUCAACUGUGAAGUGUUCCAUUUACUACGGGAUGUGGAUGUUGGGAGCAACCAAAUUAUUGAUCAUGAGGUGCUGACCAAAUGUUUAUGUGACUGUGUGUAUGUAGAGAAACUAGGAGUUAUAGGUGAUGAUCAAAUUCACAUUGUCCAAAAAGGUCUUGUCACAAGGAACACACAUGCAAAAUAUGGAACCCCUACCUCUUAUAGUGCAAAAGUUAUGGACAAGUUUGGAAAUGCAACGUUUGGAUAUGCGACGUUUGGAUAUGUGAGGUUUGGAAAUGCAACGUUUGGAUAUGCGACAUUUGGAAAUGCGACGUUUGGAUAUGCAACGUUUGGAUAUGCGUUGUUUGGUUAUGCGAUGUUUGGAUAUGCGACGUUUGGAUAUGCGACGUUUGGAUAUGCGACGUUUGGAAAUGCGACGUUUGGAUAUGCAACGUCUAAACUUGCAGAGAUGUUUCCGAGGCUGUUAUCACUUGACAGUGCUGAGUAUGUAGGAUCACAUGACAACGUUUCACCUAUCAGACCACGCAACAGUUUUGAGGCCAUGUGUGUGAUACAAGCAAAGGUUUUCCAGGAUGCCACAAACAAGCUGGAUCAAGACCUCAUGUCCCUGGAAAGUGAUGGUAGUGUUGAUUUGGCUUAUAUGUGUGAGAUACACUUCAAGUUUUGUGAUAAAAUGUAUCAAGUAGCUGUAGAAUAUCGUAACUCUCAUGAAUAUGGUGAAGUGACGAUGACCAUGCCUACAGCGCCAUCUACGCCAAAAACUGUGAGUCAUCCUCGGUCUGGAAGGGCCAGACCUGUCCCAGCAAUCCGGGAGGAUCAGUACAUUAGUCCCAAGGAGAUGUUUGAGAGAGCUCUUCAGGGUGGAAACAGCUCUGUCAACAACAGUCAGGGAGGAGGCAUGAGUACUGGCCGGGAACCAAAGAUUACUGCUGAUAUGGUUGGGAAGUUUCUAGAAAGAGACAGAGAUUCUGAAACAUACAGGCUGCAGAGGGAGAAGUCAGCCAUUUUGAUCCAGGCUGCCUGGCGAGGCUACUGUGUGAGGAAAAGACUUUUAGCGGAGGGCUUACAGGUCAAACAGCAAAUGUCUGACAUAGAUUACGAGGUGUUACAGGAAUUACACAGAGCAGCUACCAAAAUACAGGCAGUUUUUAGAGGAUAUAACCUCAGAAAUAAACUGGAGAAGGCAAUAGAGUUUGCGCGCCUUGACGAUUCUGAAGAAGAGGACUUUGGUGAGGUGGAUUUGGGGGAUUUUAACUUUGAUGAGAACAUGCUGGAUGACUGGAAACCACCAGAGACACCCCAGAUCCCUGCAAGCCACGCUGUCCUAGGAAAACCUCCAUCAGGAAAACUGCCACCUUCUGACCACAUCCCAUACUUAGACCUGGGAGACAAGCCCCACCCUCCAGGACAGCCAAGGAAGGCGUGGCGAGGAAUGGACUCGCCCCUGUCUGAUUUACAAACCUCUCAGCGCCAUCCUCGACCUCCUUCCUCUCUAGCCAGUGGUACAAUCACUGGAAUGGACAGUCAUCGCUCAGUGUUGUCCAAGAAAGAGGAGAAAAUCACACAGGAGUGGGGUUUCAAAGAUAACCAAACAGCCAUUUUGAUGAUGCAAAGAGCCAAGAAAAUGAAGUAUAAUGCAGAACGGAGAAAAAAGUUGGGCAAAUUAGAUCCCAAACAGAGGCUGGCACUGUUCAGGAAGUUAGAGGAAACGACUAAUAUUAGGACGGUUGUCCAACCAUCCAGGAAAACCCUGCCACGUAAAGAAUACUUCCAAGCACGUCAGCAGGAAAUUGAAAGGAAGGACUUGGACAAGAGAGUAGAGAAUCACAACCGUACCAAGCGUACAUUUGAAUGGAUACACACGCAGGUUGGGGAUUAUGAGGUGUCGGACUCUCGUAUUAACCCUACACAGCCACACAAUGAAAGUUUGCGAAAGAUCUAUGGCAGUGAAGGAAACCUACCUAAAAUGACUGCUGAGGUUACAUCUGGACGCCCUGUCAGGCUCAUGAGUCCUGGGCUGGAUAUUCAAUCAGUAGACAGUGUUAGCAACCACGGUGAUCCAGUCCGAAACCCCCGACGAUUCUCUGCAGGAUCUGAUGCCAGUUCUACCAGAUUACCACCCAUCAAGACAGGCUCUGCUCCGUCUGUUAGAGGGAAAGAGAAGAUGUCAUGGCGUAGAAAGGAGGUCAAUAAAAGUAUUGGAUGGGGAGGUGGCAAAAAACGUAGCCACGUAAAUUGAUAGUUCUCUGGGGCUUAAUAUUAGGACAGGUUGACACUGGCAUGUUUACACUUAUAGUUUUUUUAUCUGUGUAAAGUUUCCUCUACAGAACAAUACAUAAAGAAUAUGCCUAAUUGUAAUACA